UGGAAGUUUCAAGCUGAGCGCGACGGUUGUGAAUGCGCGUCGCGUCUGUUAUUCCCGAUCUCAUCUCUCGUCGUGCGCGCGCGCGCUGCUCUUUGCCGAUUUGAAUCACGAGUACGACUCGUCGUCGCGUCAUUCGUCUCAGUGUGAACGAGUCUAAGAGUUGAAAGCUAAAAUUUAAGCAGCAGAACAAACACAGUCAACCGUUGGCAUGUAUGCAACAAAAAACGUGCGCCCACGCAGCAGCCUCUCCACAGACGACAAUCACCGCAUCAAGGACACCAAUCGGCCGCACAAGGCCCCAGGCAACACCAUCCUCACGCUGGUCGCCUUCUGCGUGUUCCUGCUGGUGCUGUGCGGCUUCCUGCUGGGGGCACUCGUCUAUGUGGGCAAGAAUAUAGCCGAUGAGCACCAGCGGCAGCAGGCGGCGAACAGCACGCAGGCGGCACUGAAUGCGACCAUACGCACAGUCUAUGUGGACCGUGAUCAGUUGUUGUCCACCAAACCGAUUCUGAGUGUUUUUUCAGAUAAUCGUGCACCCACCACCACUCAAGUGCCUUCCAAUACCAAAUCACGCGCCAUGCCCACCGUCGCGCCCGCCAUUAGAGCCGCCAGCAAGGUGCUGCAAAAGCUCGGCUACCGGCUGCCAAAGGAACUGAAGCCGAGCAAAUAUAAGCUGCAACUGCGUCCAGAUCUCAACCAGAAGAACUACACAGGCAACAUAAGCAUCAGCCUGGAGGUACUCGAGCCGAUAGCCUUCAUACCCGUGCACGUGAAGCAGCUGAAUGUGAGCACCGUCGAUGUGCAGCACUUGGACGAGUCGGGUGCGCCGCUGAAGAGCGUAACGCCAACGCUGACCUUCUCCUAUCCCGAAUUCGAGUACUGGGUGACCGAGUUCGAGCAGCCGCUCGACGUGGGAAACUACACGCUGCGCCUGAACUUUAACGGUUCGCUGACGGAUCGCAUCACGGGCCUCUAUCAGAGCUCCUACUGGGACAAGCUGAAGAAUCGCAACAGAUGGAUUGCCAGCACCAAAUUCGAGCCUACGUAUGCCCGCUGGGCCUUCCCCUGCUUCGAUGAGCCCGCCCUGAAGGCACAGUUCACCAUAACCAUUGCCCGUCCCAGCGGCGAUGAGUAUCACGUGCUGUCCAACAUGCCCGUGGCCGCGGAGUACAUCGAUGGGGAUCUGACUGAAGUGACGUUCCAGGAGACUGUGCCCAUGAGCACAUAUCUGGCUGCCUUUGUCGUCUCAGACUUUGCCCACAAGACCACAACGUCCGCAGUGAAUCCAUCCAUUGAAGUGCGCACAUUCGCUCCCGCUGCACAAGUGGAGAAGACGCAAUAUGCUCUGGACAUCGGCGUGGGCGUGCUCGACUAUUACAUUAACUACUUCAACAUCUCCUACCCGCUGCCCAAGCUGGAUUUGGUCGCCAUUCCUGAUUUUGUAUCGGGCGCCAUGGAGAACUGGGGUCUGGUGACCUUCCGCGAAACGGCGCUGCUGUACGAUGAGGCCACCAGCUCGAGCGUGAACAAGCAGCGUGUGGCCAUUGUUGUGGCGCAUGAACUGGCGCAUCAGUGGUUCGGCAAUCUCGUCACCAUGAACUGGUGGAGUGAUCUCUGGCUGAAUGAGGGUUUUGCCUCGUUCAUUGAGUACAAGGGCACGAAGCACAUGCAUGAGGAUUGGGAUAUGGACAAUCAGUUUGUCAUCGAGGAGCUCCAUCCAGUGCUGAUCAUCGAUGCCACUUUGGCCUCCCAUCCGAUUGUUAAAUCCAUUGAAAGUCCCGCUGAGAUUACCGAAUAUUUCGAUACAAUUACCUACUCGAAGGGCGCUGCUUUGGUGCGCAUGCUGGAGAACCUUGUGGGCGAGGCCAAGUUCAAGAAUGGAACAACUCGCUAUCUGAGGAAUAACGUUUACUCCACUGCCACCACUGAGGACUAUCUGACGGCCAUUGAGGAGGAAGAGGGACUCGAAUUUGAUGUCAAGCAAAUCAUGCAAACGUGGACAGAGCAAAUGGGUUUGCCAGUUGUCGAGGUGGAGAAGAAUGGCAACAGCUACAAGCUCACGCAGAAACGUUUCCUGGCCAAUGCCGACGAUUACGAAGCCAGCGCUGAGGCCUCUUCUUUCAAUUACCGCUGGUCCAUUCCCAUCACCUACACGAGCAGCAUCAGCAGCGAGGUGCAGUCGCUGAUCUUCAACCACAACGACAAUGAGGCCAGCAUCACGCUGACUGGCGAUGCCAGCUGGAUCAAGUUCAACAAGGAUCAGGUUGGCUAUUAUCGCGUCAACUAUGCGGCCGAGCAGUGGGCUGCGCUGACCACAGCGCUCAAGGCAUCGCGGGAGGACUUCAGCACCGCGGAUCGUGCGCAUUUGCUGAACGAUGCCAACACCCUGGCCGCUGCUGGACAGUUGAACUAUGCCGUGGCCCUCGAUCUGAGCACGUAUCUGGAGAGCGAACAGGACUAUGUGCCCUGGAGUGUGGGCACCUCGUCGCUGGCAUCGCUGCGCAAUCGCGUUUACUACACCGACUUGUACAGCAACUUUACCACCUACGCCCGCAAGCUGCUCACCCCCAUUGUGGAGAAGGUUACGUUCACCGUUGGCACCAAUCAUUUGGAGAACCGCCUACGCAUCAAGGUUCUGAGCUCCGCCUGCGCCGUGGGACACGAGGCCUCGCUGCAGCAGGCUGUCACGCUGUUCAACCAGUGGUUGGCCGCACCUGAAACACGCCCCAGUCCUGACAUUCGGGACGUCGUCUACUACUACGGUCUGCAGCAGGUCAACACGGAAGCCGCCUGGGAUCAGGUGUGGCAGCUGUAUCUGGCCGAGGCCGAUGCCCAGGAGAAGGUGCGGCUUAUGAACGCCUUGGCUGCCGUCAAGGAGCCAUGGCUGUUGCAGCGCUACAUCAAUCUGGCCGCGGAUGAGAGCAACGUGCGUCGCCAGGACUACUUCACGCUGCUGGGCUAUGUGUCGGCCAAUCCUGUGGGCCAGAGCCUUGUCUGGGAUUAUGUGCGCGAGCACUGGGAGCAGCUGGUCGAGCGCUUUGGCAUCAACGAGCGUACUUUGGGUCGUCUGAUUCCCACCAUCACGUCCCGCUUCUACACACAAACGAAGCUCGAGGAGAUGCAGCACUUCUUUGAGAAGUAUCCCGAAGCAGGAGCUGGCACUGCAGCGCGCCUGCAGGCACUGGAAACGGUCAAGGCCAACAUCAAGUGGCUGUCACUGAACAAGCAGCAAGUGGGCGAUUGGUUGGCCAACUACGCGGAGCAGUCCACCGUCACCAAUAGCAUCAAAUGAUUUAGCCACGGCCAAUCCACACUGUAAAAUAUAAUUAUGUAAAAAAGAAACAACAACAACCAAUGGAAUUGAACAUAGUCUUACUUUGUAGCCAACCAAAAGCAGCCAGAAUGCUUUUCCAAAAUGUGAAUGAAGAAUUGUGAAUACGUAUAGAUAUUUUGAAGAAC